AUGCCUCUCUUCUUCCGCAAGAAGAAGCCCAGCGAGGAUGCUCGGAAGCGCCUUGAGUACCAAAUGUGCCUGGCUAAAGAAGCUGGUGCUGAUGACACUCUGGACAUAUCCAAAUGUGAACUCUCAGAGGUUCCUUACGGGGCCUUUGCCACUUGUAAAGUCUUGCAGAAGAAGGUGCUGAUCAUUCACACAAAUAAUCUGACAUCUUUAGUUCCAAAGGCCUGCAGCCUCCUGAGCCUCCUAACUCUGAAGGUUCUAGACCUUCAUGACAACCAGCUGGCAUCGCUUCCUGAUGAUAUUGGCCAGCUGACAUCUCUUCAGGUCCUAAACCUGGAAAGGAAUCUUUUGACAUGUCUUCCACAAUCCAUAGGAGACCUUGCCCAGCUCCAGCUGCUCAAUGUGAAAGGGAACAGGCUGAAGGAGCUGCCUGGCACCGUCAGCGGCUGGCGCAGGCUGCGUGCCCUGGACCUGAGCGAGAAUGCAGUGAGGGCACUGCCGCGGCUGCUGGCACACGUCCGCACGCUGCAGACACUGACCUUGGAUGCUUCCUCCAUGACCUACCCCUCAGCUGAAAUCUGCAGUGCAGGCACAGAAGCCAUUCAGCAGUUCCUCUGCAAAGAGUGUGGAAUUGUGUACUACCCUCCCUCCCAGUACCUGCUCCCUAUGCAGGAGGAUGAUGAAGGAGGAACCUCAGUGGCUGAGGUGGACAAGACAGUGCACAAGUACUUGGAGGAGGAGAGUGAGUGGCAGGACAGAUUCUUGGAUUAUGAGAAGAGGAAGGAAAAAAAAAUGCAGGAGAAGCUGGAGUUUGAACGACGCCUGGACAUGGGGCAGAGAGAACACGCUCUACUCGUCCAGCAGCUGAACAGCCAGAAGGAUGAGAUCCUGCAGACAGUGAGAGAGGACCAGCUGAGGCUGGAGGAGGGUCUGACCAAGCACCAGCGCUGCUUGGAGGAGGAGCGCCUGAAGCUGCUGCAGGAGCUGAAGCAGGCAGAGCAAAGCAUCACCAGCAGGAUCCAGAAGCUGCUAGAAGACAACCAGAGGCAAAAACAAAGUUCAGACCUUCUGAAAUCCCUGGAGAACGAGAGGAUGAGGAUGGAGCAGCUGAUGGCAAUAACGCAGGAGGAGACGGAGCAGCUGCGCAGCAGGGAGGUGGCUGCUGCCAUGCAGCAGAUGCUGGCUGAGAGCUACAGGAACAACCUCCUGCAGCUGUCCUACGAGUCUCGGCGGCAGGACCUCGUCAGCCAGGCCUGCUCCAGCCUGGCUGAGAUGGAUCAGAAGUUCCAGCAAAUCCUGGCGUGGCAGCAGCUGGAUCAGAACAAAGCUGUUGGUGAGAUCCUGCAGCAGAUCGAGAUGCAGAAAGCUGCCUUUGAAGCUCUCCAGGUGAAGAAGGAUCUCAUGCACAGGCAGAUCAGGAACCAGAUUAAAUUAAUAGAAACAGAGUUAUUGCAGCUGACACAGCUGGAGUUAAAGAGGCAAGAACUGGACACAGAGACACUGCAGGAGGUGAUGACGGAGCAGCGCCGAGCCUUGGGCUGCCUGCUGCAGCAGCUGCUCAAAGAGAAGAAGCAAAGGGAAGAAGAACUGCAACAGCUCCUGCUGGAGCUGGAGGCCGAGAGCCAGACCAGGCAGGAGCACUAUUGGCUGAUCCAGUACCAGCGCCUGCUCAGCCAGAAGCCUCUCUCCCUGAAGCUCCAGGAGGAGGGCCUGGAGCAGCAGCUGGUGAGCCUUCUGCUGGAGCUGUCUGCUGAGCAGUACCUGCCAGUCUUUGCCCACCACCGGCUCUCCCUGCGGGCACUCAGCACCAUGACUGCCAGCGACCUGGAAAAGGUCGGUGUGAGGGAGGCUGGCCUGCAGCAUGCCAUCCUCGGGCGAGCCCAGCAGAUCCUGGCUGUGGCCAACACCAUCCCAGAGCUGCUGAGACCAGUGGACACUGAGGUGCCUGCAGCCCCAGAACCCAGCGCCCCCCUUGAGGAGCCUCCCAGCCCUGUGGUCCCCACAGAUCCCCCACAGCAGUGGGACCAGAAGAAGUCAGAGUGUGUUGUGUGCAUGGAGCAGGAGACCCAGAUGAUUUUCCUGCCCUGUGGCCACGUCUGCUGCUGCCAGAGCUGCUGCCAGCGGCUGCAGACUUGUCCCCUGUGCCGCCAGGAGGUCUCGCAGCUCAUCCGCAUCUACCACAGCAGCUAG